AUGACCACUCUUGUCAAGCCAAAUCUCGUUAUUGAUAGCGAUUUCCAAGAAACCGUGGCCAAUUAUGGCUCGAUCAUUUCUUCGGUGUCGCAAAACGACGAAGUUUCCAACAAAUUGAAUGAAUUGGCAGCUUCUGAAACUAGCGAAGAAUUUUAUCAACAAGUCCUUGAAUCGGUCAGUAUUUUGAAAGGUUUGCCAGAUAAGGAAUUAGAAUCGACUUUGAACUUGGUGUUUUACUUUAUAUCCGAACCAUUGUUUGAAUCAGAAUCAACACAAGAAGAAGAAUCAACUUUCAUCGCCAGAUUCCAAAUAUUAUUAAACCAGUUAUACGAGCUUUCCCCAUCAGCUAAUCCAGUUUUCAACGACAGAGUCUCUAUCAAAUUCACCAGUGUUUUGAGUGUACUCUGUAUUUUCUUCAACUUGAUUGACGAGAAAUCCAAAUUGAGACUCGAAAUUUUGAACACCAUUGUGAAAAUUUACGGGAAAUUAGAUCAAGACUCCGCUAAAGAAAACUUGUACCUUAUCAAGCCAUUAUUGAAGAAAUCUUCAGUUGAUUCCACCAAGUUUGUAUUUGAAAAAUAUUUGGUCGAAUGCCAAAGUUCCGAAGACGAAAUUAUCAAAUUCACCACCGCUCUUGCCAAAUUGAUCGAACCAGUUUACUUCAACGAAGCUUUAGUUAUCUUGAAGUUGGCUACCAUCAGAUACGGUGCCAAGGCCUCAAACAGUGAAGUUAUCACCAACUUGGCGAUCCAAGCUUUGAAGACUCCAAAAGAAAUUGAUUUGAGUUACUUUUACCAAUUUGACAUUUCUAAAAUUACCCACAAAACUGUGCUCGAAUUAUUGAAGUUAUACACCGCUACAAAGAAUAACUUGAAGGAAUUCACUUCAUUUGUCAAUGACCACAAAUCAGAAAUUGAAUCCGAAUUAUCUGUUUCAUCUAAGACUCUUAUUUCCAAGAAAGAAUUCCUCAUAAUUGCUAACUUGGCCUUGACUGCUGCGGAAUCUAACAAUUACGAAGCCACCAUUGAAUCCGACAACAAGGAAGCAGUUAAAAAAUUUUCUAACAUUGCUCCAGUAUUAUCUUAUAAACAAAUAUCCGAUGAAUUGAACUACCAAAACGAUUUGGUCAAGAUUGAAUCAUUGUUGAUCAAUGCCGUGAAGUUGAACAUUUUCCAAGGUAAAAUUGAUCAAAUAAAACAAAUUUUCUGCAUUUACAAAAUCAACUUGGUGAUUGUUUUGGGUGAAAAGGACGACGACUGCAGCAAUAAAUUGGGAUCCAAGGAAUGGAAAUUCAUCUUGGGUAACUUGAAAAACUGGAAGAAGAGUAUCACUGAAGCCAGUGAUAUUAUUGAACAACAAAAGAAGAAGUUGUCAAGCCAUUAG